GGGAAGACAAAUCUGGUGCACCACAACCGGCGAGCGGAUAACGAACGUUCCUGACACGAACUUGCCGAGGGAUGCACAUGUUCUCUCCCAGCACACAUGAUUUAAUGAAUGCAGCUCUACCUGCAUGGAUUUAAACUCUCAACAUCGCACUAUCAGAUGUGAUUCUAAUAUGAUUUCGUGUUACCUUAUAUGUGGUGAAAUGCAUUGACCCCUGGAUUCAAGCACAGAAGGCAGAGCGCCCUGCUCUAAAAGUCCUGUGGUGAAUGUCCUGAUGUGAAUUUGAUUCUGCUUCUUCGGAGGUGAGCCAGGUUGCAGUGACAUGGUAAUAUUUUUUAAAUGGACAGCGAUGGAUCCGAAGAGCAGCCGUGGUUUGCCAAUGAGUGGUGAAGAUACUGGUUUGGAGGCUUUGGCCUCACCACUGGCGGGGUAUUUGGGAAAAGUCAGUAGAGCUCUUGUUUUCCUCUCGCAGUGUCACUUGCGCAAAGCUGAACCAAAAUUAAAAAAGAUCUGUGAAUGUGCAGCACCAAUCUGAAUGAAACAAACAAAACAAAAACAAGUCACGGAAAUCUUAAAUAGUAAAAGGCGAAAGUUCUGGUUAGACUUGAUGUUUAUUAAGAUGUGUGGAAUCAAAGGUUGAUGUUUUCCUUUAACAUGUUUCACUUCCUGCUUACAUUUACCUGCUUUUAUGUUCUUGACUCUUCACAUGUGCCAUCCAGCUUCUUAAACUGUCAACUCUGUGAUUUAGGAGCAAAACUGUGAGGCCUAAAAGCAACCUCACAUUCUGACUGUCAUUUUCUGCAGCACUUCCUCCUACUUGUAGACUACACUUUAGCAGGACAUAUGUAGCAAACAUGUCCUCCCUUUUAUGCAUUUGUUAACACCUAAGACAUAUUUUAAAAGUAUUUAUUGAACUGAUAGUUACACUGUUAUCUCAGUGUUGCUGGGAAAUGGCAAUGUUGUUAAAGAAAUCAGCUACACAGCCUAAAAUUCCACAUUCUUGAGUGUCUCAAAUAUAUGUUCAGGAAAGAGCUGCGUCACUUGAGCACUGCCCCUGGUGCACCUCGAAAGGCUUGACCUAUGCUCUGCGCUCUUACCGCAUCAACCUGCAGGAGUCAAUCACCCUCUGCACAAACCCACAGUGCCUUUUCCCUCUGGUCAGCCGGUCCUUGGAGGAUGUUUUGGCCAGCUUGGUACCUGUGGAGCCCUCUGUUGGGAGCAAAAGAAAAAAUGUCUCUACACUGGAAGAAGAAGACUCGGUUAAACCUUUGCACAAACGUCUGCGAUCCAGUCAGCAGACACAAAGUCUUACAGACUCACUUAUCAGCGAAGCAGAGUGUGCUGAUGUAAGCUUUGUGAGUAACGGUCAACAUGCAGCACCAGAGGCAGACGAUGUAAAGUCCAAUGGAUAUCACAGGGAUUCUGCAGAAACGGGAUGUGAACCACUACAAGAGACAAGUCUGGAGUCUUUUUGCGAGGAACCAGAGAAGGAGUCUUCUGUGAACGGUUUUGUUUCUACAUGUUCAUCCUCAGCUGGACGCCUGCAGAGCUCAUCAGACACGCUGAUGAUCACUAAAGGAAAUAAGCACGAGGUGGAGGAGGAAGAUGACUUCAUGCAGGUGGAGAAUUCUCCUAAGACCCUGAACAGAUGCUCCUCCAAUCAGUCUGCCUUCUUAGACGAGGACGUUCAUACAACUGUAAUCAAUACUCCUUCACCUCAGCACAAUGAGCAGACAGCAAGGACGGGGCAGAACUCAUCAAAUGCAGACACCAGCAUGCGUGAGGACACAGAGGGCGAGAAGUCAGAGACAGACACCAGGAAGAUGGACUCAGAUGAGCUUGUGUCUGUUCCCAGUCAGCUUUUCUGGAGGAACAGCAACAACCUGUGCUGGCUGGACUCGCUGCUCGUCGCUUUGGUGAACUGUAAGAGUUUGAGAAAGUUUAAAGCUCAGGAUGAGCUCCAGGGAUCUUCUGUCUGGAGGCUGCUGCAAAGAUACAAAGAGAUUUGUGCUGCCGUCAAAGUCCAUCAUCAGGCCGACAGAGAUGGCGUUGUGAAGCUUCCACAUCACGUGCUACAAAAGGCCGACGAGGACCUUCAGAGUCUCAGGAUGACUAUCUUCAAACUCCUGCAGCCUAAGCUGCACUGCAAACUGGGUCGCAGGGAAACGCCGGUAUUCGCCAUGCCAGUUCUGCUUGCGAUGGACUCGUGGGCGGAGCCUCUCUUCCAGACUACCUUCCAGUGGGAGUUCAAGUGCAGUGAGUGCAAAGCUGCCAUGACAGAAAGGGCGUUGAAAACUCUUCCCACCUUCACAAACAUCUUACCUGAUUGGCGCCCUCUCCACGCCGUCCACUCAGCUCCGUGUAACGUGUGCUGCAAGAAGAACCAGAGGAGGGGGAUGAUUCUGGAGAGUGUGUCCCCCGUGUUUGCACUGCACUUUGUCGAGGGGCUUCCUGAGAAUGACGUCGGAGUCUACACCUUCACCUUCAAGGGGAAACGUUACUCCGUCACCACCGUCAUACAGUACAAGAAGCAACUCAAGCACUUUGUCACCUGGAUCCGUAAUCCCCACGGAUCCUGGGUGGAGUUUGACGAUCUCAAACAUCCAGACUGCGAGACUCAUCAGAAGCUCCCGUUCCCCGGUGCGGAGAUGCACGUAGUCUUCUGGGAGGCUGAGGAUGAUAAGGAGCCUCGGGCCUGCUCUCCCUCCAGCACGUUGACUGAAUCUCCCCGAUCUCACAAUGAAAUGAACUCCGGUCUGCGGGGGAAAGACCUUAAAGCGGAUCAACUUCUGGCUCGCUCUCCAGAUCAGUCAAUUAUAACGUCUCACGAUGACACGGAUAUCGUGUGCGCGCUCUCGGCGUCUGAAGACACGAUACCUGGUUUUGAUGCGUCGAUAGGUUCGACGACACUCUUGGACACCUUUGAGGGGCUCAGUCAUAACGACAUCGUAACACUCACGCUUGUGGAAGUGAAGCCUGAUUCUGAACUGCAGCCUUUAAAUGAUCACCAACAAAACCAGGACUUGGGUGUUGAAAUUGUUGACUCUACUCCGGACAGCUCCUCCACUGUGAUGUGUAAUGAAAUGUCCCAAACGCCCAUCGCUGAGCUCCCCGCCGCCUCCAGCUCCUCUGAAUCUGAAGAUCACUUAUCCAGUGAUCCCACAUUCGUGCCAGCUAGGAGGGGAAGACGGACGAGAGCAUCAGGAGUGCGAGCUGCGAGCAAAUCAAAUGCUAAAACAGCGGCCUCAAACAAAACUGCUCCACGUGCUCCUGUGUCCUCUCAGCGACCGAAAAGGGUCACUAAAAAAUCUGUGAAUGUUCCAGCUCAGGUAGACUCUCCACCUGUGGAAGCUACACCACAAGCACCUUCAGUUUCCUCCACUCGCACCUCACCGCCGAGCGAGAGUAAGGACAGUCCUGCACAGCCACAGACUGCAGAUAAGAACGCCCGCUGGUCCUUCCUUCUCAGCAAACUCCCAGCACACCAAGUUCACGCAUCCAUCCCUAAUCCUAAUCCCGCCCCCAGCCCGGUCACACGGGGAAAGAAUCCCACUCCUCCCGCUCACUCCACACCAAACCCUGCAAGAAAGCAGCAGCUACCUGGAAUUAUAGCCCCCAAACCACAGCUGAAGAUGGAUAAGAGUGCCGGUCUCCCGAUAAAAGCUGCAGAAAUGUACGGAGCGUUCGGUGCAAAGAGCGCCAAGACGCCGAUCCUGCCUCCCUCAGCUGUACUCCCCUGUGUCAAAUCAAACCAGCCGAAACCCCACAGUCGACUAACCAACACUACAGUGAUGUCCGGCACAUCACUUCCUGUUUCUGGAAUCAAAGUUCUCCAUGAAAUAUCCUCCUCGAAGAAACCCAGCAGCCAGUCCCCGAAGGUCCCCGCAGGCCUCGAUACCACCGAAGCCCUGAGGUACAAGCUCAUCAAGAAACUGAAGGCAAAGAAGAAGAAGCUCGCCAAGCUGAAUGAAAUGCUGAGUUAUCCGGGCGGGGCCAGCCUCCCACCGGACAGCACCAACCUGAGCUCCCCCAACACCGUCACCUCCAGCACUUACGAUCCCAGCAACUCCAUCUGCGACGACUUCCUCUCAGAUUUGCUCUCGCCGGCGACGACGGCCAGCAACCUGUCUCCGGACAGCACGGGCUUCCUGGAGAUGCUCACCAACAGGCAGGAUGGAGUCAAUCAGCUGGGUAAUGACACUGCGGUGUCACAGAUAAGCACUUAUGUGGAUGAGCCACACAGGGACGACUUCCUGGAGGACUUUUUGUCGCAGGUCGUCGCUCAGAGGCCGACGGUUGAGGAGACGGAGGCUCUCGGUGUUCUGGAUUUUUUUGUUUGAAUUGUGGAGGAGACGGCAUGGUCUGAAAAAUGUAACUCAAAUGGUCUUGUUUAUGACAGUCUAUAUUUUUAUACUCUUCGGCUGCCUAUUUAACAUUAAGUCCCACAUCUGCAGGUUAAGGUAGUGAAGUCUCUGUGAGUUUAUGUUGCUUUAAAUCUUGAAGAGUUGAUCAAAAAUGUAAGUAUGUAUAGAUGUGCAUUAAACCAUGAGAAGAGUUUGUGAAGCUCACCUGAACUUGUCUUGCACUUAGUUAUGUUCAUACUUUUGUUCCUAUGGAGUUACUUUGUUUACAUUUGAGGCUUUGUGUUCGCCCUGUUCAACAAUUUACUUGAAUUCAAAUUCUGCAUAUUUUUGUCAUUAAUAAAUCCUCUAGAUCCUGUAAAACAA